UGCCGGCCACUCCCUCUUCCACCUCUUCUCGAUUAAUGCUAACAUCUAGUUGUAACAAAAAAAAAAAGUAGCCCGGCCGUCAUCAUCGACAAUGCCUAUAUAUAUCAGGCCGAGCUUUGGUAGCUGCAGAGAUCUCAAAGCUAUAGCGGCUAUUUCAUUUCCUCUUAGAGUAUAGUUGCCGUCCAUACUCCAAAUACGUACUGCCUGAUGGGAUCGUCAGGGGCACCAGAGUUGACACAUGAAAUGAGCAGCAAUCCUUGUGCCGGCGGGAGAGCAACAAUCCUGGGAAUCGGCACGGCCGUGCCGGUUCAUGUUUAUGAGCAGAAGUCAUUCCCUGAUUAUUACUUUGAGAUUACCGAUAGCAAUCACUUGGUCGACCUAAAAGCCAAGUUUGCAAACAUCUGCGAGAAGACAUCGACGGAGAAGCGGCACAUGUACAUCUCUGAUGAGUGGCUGAGGGCCAACCCGUCGGUGACGGCGUACAUGUCCACCUCGCUCAACGUACGGCAGCAGGUCGCCGAGGAGGGCAUCCCUCGGCUCGGUGCGGAGGCGGCGCGCAAGGCCAUUGACGACUGGGGGAAGCCGGCGUCGAGCAUCACCCACAUCGUCUUCGCCACCACCAGCACCGGCUGCCUGCCCAGCGCCGACGUCGUGCUCAUCAAGCUCCUCGGCCUCCCGCUGUCGACCAAGCGUGUCAUGCUCUACCAGGCUGGCUGCUUCGGAGGCACCACGGCGCUGCGUGUGGCCAAGGACAUCGCCGAGAGCAACCACGGUGCCAGGGUGCUCGUGGUGACAUCCGAGGUGAUGUCGCUGGUCAUCCGUGGCCCCUCCGAAUCCCACAUCGGCAACCUCGUCGGCCAAGCCGUGUUCGGCGACGCCGCGGGCGCCGUCGUGGUGGGGUGCUGCCCCACCGCCGACGAGCGUCGUCCCGUGUUCGAGUUGGUCCGGGCAUCGCAGGACGUGAUACCGGGGACGGACGACGCCGUGGUGGUGAAGGUGCGGCAGGAAGGGGUGGUGAUCACCAUGCACCGCGACGUGCCGCUCCACGUAUCCAACGCCAUCGGCGGCGUGGUCAAGAGCACGUUCCACGAGAUAGACAUGAAGAUCACCAGCUACAACGAGGCAUUCUGGCUGCUGCACGCCGGUGGGAGGGGGAUCGUGGAUGGCGUGGAGGAGAGGCUGGGCCUCGGCGGGGAGAAGCUGGCUGCGACGAGGGAGGUGAUGAGGCAGUAUGGCAACACGCGUAGCUCCACCAUCUUCUUGGCGAUGGAGGAGAUGAAGAGGAGGUCGGAGGAGCGAGGGAUGGCGACGGCGGGGGAAGGCCUCGAGUGGGGGAUGCUCAUCGCCUUUGGCCCCGGACUCACCUUGGAGACCAUGCUGCUCCGUGCAGUGCCACGUAACAGCUAGCUAUACAUACGCCAACAUGUGAUAUCGAUCGACCGGUAACACGAAUAAAUUAAGCAGGGCAAUCUACAAGUUAUAUUUUCCAGUGCGUACAUGUUAUAUUUUCCAGUGUGUGACACCAGUAAAAAUAAGUCUACAUGUUAUAUUUUUCCAGUAUAAGUGCGAAUAUUAUGUUAAUUGCUUCUUGAUUGUUACUCCACGGUUAAUUUAGUUGGUUUCGGAACCAGCUGAGUAUGGAAUAAUGUUAUACGUGAUCAAUUAUAAGCUCUUACUCGAUCAUCUGGUCGGACGACAAA